CCUUCAGCCUUCCUGCUCCUCCUCUCACUGCAGCCAAAAGCAAGCAAAGCAACGCAACCUCGCCGGGGAGGAGGAGGAGGAGGAAUGGAGCUGAGCUGAGCUGAGCCUGCCCUUCUCCCACCCCGCCGCCUCCACUCGUGUAGCCGCCCUUUCUCCUCCGCGUUCGCCGCGGGCCGGGGGCCGACGCGGCCGGUCCGGAUCGAAUCGAGAGGCGAUUUUGGGUAGUCUGGGAGGAUGGCGAUGAUGGGCUACAACCAAGCUCAGGAGUUGAUGAGGGACUACUUGCUAGCUGAUCCAGUGGUUCCAUACACCUCGGUGCUCGUUGGCAUUGUUCUCUGCAAGAUGGCAUAUGAUCUCACACGGCUGCUGAGCUCAUUUUACUUUAAGGGAUAUUCUUCACUGACAAAGAUACAGCGUGUUGAAUGGAACAACAGGGGUAUGUCCAGUGCACAUGCGAUCUUCAUCACAGCUAUAUCAUUAUAUCUUGUCAUGUCUACAGACCUGUUCUCUGAUCGCCUUAAGGGGCCCAUCACAUUCCGCAAUUCGGUCAUCUCCACUUUUGCAUUAGGGGUUUCUGUGGGCUACUUCAUCGCUGACCUUGCAAUGAUCUUCUGGUUGUAUCCUUCCCUUGGUGGAAUGGAAUACAUUGUCCAUCAUACCCUUUCUCUAGUUGCAAUAGCUUACACAAUGUUGUCAGGGGAGGGCCAAUUCUACACAUACAUGGUUCUUAUUUCAGAAACAACCACCCCUGAAAUUAACUUGAGAUGGUUUCUUGACACAGCUGGACUGAAAAAGUCAAGUGCGUACUUGGUUAAUGGUAUUCUUAUGUUUAUUGCAUGGCUGGUGGCGAGGAUACUUUUAUUCAUGUACGUAUUUUACCACAUCUAUUUGCACUACAGUCAGGUUGUGCAGAUGCAUGCUUUUGGGUACUACUUGACAUUCAUUGUGCCAUCAGUGCUCUUUGUCAUGAACACAAUGUGGUUUAUGAAGAUUUUGAAAGGCGUGAAGAAAACAUUGGGGAAGUGGUCAUGAUCAAUCAGGCAAUGCAGAUCCUAGAACCAUCAACAAUGAGUUGGUAUUCCAGCGAUCCUCCUUAUGAUCUUGAUGUGUAAAGUUAUGGACAUAUCAGGUUAACUAGGGUAAAGUGAAUAUAUAAAGUGCUAGCAAACAAGUUUAGAUUAGGCCAAAUUUGCGCUAUUUUCAGCAAGGCUGGAGUUCCUUAGCCUAUCGGGCGCGUACUGAAUUUCCAGCAUGCUGUUUCUCCGCUCCUGCAUGCAUCGUGUGUAUAUCUGAAGAAAAUUCCUGUGGAUCAAUUGUCCAACAGUGCAACCUCCAAUGCUAUAGUAUUUGAAUAUUUCUGACCUUGAUGA